AUGUGGGUUACAAUAACAACGAUAAUAACCGUUACAGAUGGAAUCCCACGAGACUUCACCGUUUACUCCGAGAAACGCCACAAAGAGGCGCUCCUGGGCAAGAAGUUCCGAACUCUGGGUACAUCAUCGCAAGCAAGACACUACCGUAUAGUUGGUAGAGGAGGAGGUCUUCCACGGUUACGAAAAUCCAGUGGCAUGCCAACCAAGAGGAUGGUACUCCCCGCACGGCGGUGUAUGAUUCUGGGUAAGAUGGAUAACACAAAAGCACGGCAGAUAAGCCAUUCUGGUAAACGGUCACAUAGACGCCAAAAGGUUAACCUUCAGUGGAAGCGCAUAUGGUGUAUUUCACGUGGUUACUAUGUACGCUUACGUUUAUCCAUGAAGGGCCUAAAGACAAUCAAGCGGCUCGGCUUAGAAGAGGCGGCCCGUAGGUUCAAUUUGAACUUGAACAACCCCAAAUUAUUUGCUGGUUACGCUAAUAUCAAGGAAAAAAAACCAAAGCAACCCAUAUAUUUUGAAGAUAACAUUGAAAAUGAAAUUGAAGAAGAAAGUGUCAUAGAUAGUUGA